GACUUCCAUACUUUACAUACAGCUUGUAUAGCUGCUGGCAGGUGUGGUGUGUUAGCAAGUUAGCAUUAAACUCGGAUACAGCGUCAAGUUAUUGAGACUAAUAGUUGUUUAUACCAACCAGGAUUGUUUUUUAACAUUAAACGUCUCACGCGUAUCUGGUUUAAAAGUCCUGAAGCUGGACAUUCAAACGAAAAUGAGGCUGUCCGGUGUCGUCCAGGCGCUGACCGACCGACCGAUGCCUUCAUGAUGCCGAGCUGCAUCGCCCUGCUGGUCUCCCUGCUGCUGUCCCAGGCCCGAGGCUUCCUGAGCCUCUCGGAGGGAGACGGCAUCCCCGAAGAGUGGACCCUGCUCCACGUGGUCCAGGGCCACAUCGGCGCCGGGAACUACAGCUACCUGCGCCUCAACCACGACGGCAGGAUCAUCCUGCACAUGCAGAGCCUCAAGGGGGACGCGGACCUCUACGUGUCGGACAAAACCCUGCGGCCGAGCUUCGACACCUACAAGCUGCAGUCGGCCACCUGCGGCCAGGACGUGGUGGUGGUCCCGGGGGACUUGGUGAGGCCCGUGGGCAUCGGCAUCUACGGCCACCCGUCUCACAAGGAGAGCGAGUUUGAAAUGCGGGUGUUUUACGAUCAGACGGUGCCCCACGACCCGUUCGAGAGGGGCUCGGACGCUUCGGAAGACGGAGAUAAGAAAAAGAAAUCCCCUCGGGCGACGGAGGAGGAGGAGGAGGACUAUCAUCAGGAAGAGGAGUCGAUCUUUUGGACAAUUCUAAUUGGACUUUUGAAGAUUAUACUGGAGAUUUUGUUUUGAAAAUGGUUCCCUUCGUUGCUGCUGUGACACAAGGAGGAGGUUCUGCCUCCUCCUGUUGGUUUUUUUUUGGUAGGCUGGUAGGCUCGGUCCGCCUCGAAACGUUCAGAUGUCUGCAUGUCUGGUGAUAAGCAAAUGAUCACGAGCCUCUCCGAUUCAGCAGAUGGCGUUUUGGGUGUCCUCCUACAAAGGAGCGCGUUAAGGUGGAAAGCCAGCUCACUAAAUUUGGGCUAAAUUAUAAUAUAUAUAUUUAUAUAUUGCGCUAAAUUAUAAUAUAUAUAUAUAUAUAUAUAUUGCGCUGCAGUUCACCCGAAAGGCCAAAAAGGGGAAUAUUUCUGCAGUUUUAAAGUUUAUCUUUAAUGCAACACACACACAUGCUCUACCUAAGGUUAAAGGGUUGCUGUUACUGCUCCUCCUGUCCGUACUGGUCAAGAAAUGGAUCCUUUUCUGAUGGGGAAUAAAAUCCUUAAAUGUCUUCGUUAGGGCCUCGGUAUGCUUCCAAGGGACUGGGUCUGAAGGCAGAAGUGUGUCUCAAAGAGAGCCUGUCGUCGUGUAUAUAGAUCUUCCUCCCGACUGAUCCCGCUGCUUCCCUGAUCGCUCUUCGGGAACUCCUUAAAUCGCACAAACGAGGACGAGAGGAGAGAACGAGGUACGCGCUUUUCCGACAGACUCUUCUUUUAAAGAUCACGCGAAAAAGCGACAGCAGUAGCUGCGUGAAGCGGUAAAACCGCGAGGUCGGGCGCAGCGCACGGAGGCAAAGUGCAGCGCAGGUUCACGUCGUCGUUGCAUCUUCUGAAAAGGGCCGCAGCAACGAGGUCAAAGGUGAAAUAAUUUGAACUUUGAGCGGGUGUGCCACUCCGAGGUUAGCUCUUCCUCCGAGUCGUCUCCACCUCUCUCUAUAUUUAGGAAAACGACAGCACACAGCCGGCACAGAGCGCUUUCACCACGGAUCAUAGGCUGCUUUAAGAAUGGGGGAAUAGAUCUCGAGUUCAAAUUUCUCACAACGGGCAAAGUCAGCGGUAAAGGUGGGAGGUGUCUGUUUUCAGGAAAAAAAGAGCAGAUUAGACACAUUUUUGACAAACAGACUUUGAUUGACGCCUGCAUUUUCUCAGUUUUGUAGAAAAUCCAGUUAAUUCAGGAUCUCAUAAAUGAUGUCAGGAGGUUUUUUUAGCGGAGAAAAGAAAUGUUACCAGACAGUCAAACAGCAGGUGUGAUGGGUGCAAACAGGACUGAUGCUGUACAGCUAAGUUUAGCAUUUCUGUAACAAAGUGAAAUCCAAACUUCCAGGUUCUUUUCCAGAUGUAAAAAAGAAAACCUCAUUUAAAGACAAGUUGACAUUUAUAACAAUACAAAUAACUAAAAAAAAUCCAGACUUGGAACAGAGACUUUCCGAUGUAGAUUGUCUUUAUUCAUACCUUACCUGUCCGGAAAUUAAUCUUUUGAGUUUCAUUUAAACGCAAAUUUUGCGUCAUCAAUCAUUGGGUGGAGAUCGGAUCAUUUCUAGGUCCAACGACUGAGCUGUUGGUCUGUGAUUUUUUUAUUUUUUUAUAUCUUAACUCAGUGUUUUUGGUACGAAAUUCUCUCCGUUUUUGUUUCUUUGCCGAUCUUGGUUUGUUGUGAGUACGCCACACACGCCAGGUAUAAACCUCACGCAGCUACCAGGACAAAGAUAGUCUCGUCGUUUGUCUAACUUAUUCAACAGAAGCUUCCGAUACGCUUUAAAACUAGGCAUGCACCGAAUCCAGAUGUUUGGGGUUCGACCGAAUACCGAAUCCUCCUCCCAUCCUCAGUCCAUUAACACAGUGAACGCACUAAUGUAUGUAACGUACCUGAAGUUGCUGCUUUUCGGCUGCUGUCUGGAGAUUCCUUCGCGCACAACUCGUAUUCUUUUGGAUGUUUCGUACCAGAUGUUGUAACAGCGGCCAUGUUGUGUAUAGUUUAGGGUCCUCGCCACCACCAGACAAAUCGGCGUUGCAAAUUGAACACGUAGCUGGACUUGAAUGGCCUUCUU